AUGUCGUCUCGCCGGUCGCGAUCUUCACGCGAGUACGCGCAAGAACCCAAGUCCGAGGUGCCCCAUGGCAACAGUAACGGCCACCGUCACCACAUGCACCUGCCGCGUUUCAAUCACAAUGGCCACGAAGUCACACCAGGCAUCGAGCCUGAGGGGGAGAGCGGCAGAAAGGGCUUCCACCCGUUCAAGUUUUUGAGGAUUUCCUUCAAAAGCAACAGUCUCAUCUCCAGCUGCGUCAACAUUCUGUGGCCCAUGGUGCCCGUCGCUAUCGCCUUGCACUUUGCCCUCCCGGACAGCCCACGGAGUCAUCUUGCCAUCUUCAUCACCAACUUCAUCGCCAUGAUACCCGCCGCCAACACUGUGGGCUUCUGCGGCUCGGAGCUCGCUCGCAAAAUGCCCAAGGUCCUCGGUGUCAUUGCCGAGACUACGCUUGGUUCUGUAGUCGAGAUCGUCCUCUUCAUGGUGUUACUGGUAACAGGCAGGGAUGAAAAUGUCCCCGUCAUUCGAGCUGCUAUCCUGGGUUCAAUCCUUGCCAACAUGCUGUUGUGCUUGGGCUUCUGUUUCAUGGCUGGCGGGCUCAAAGGCGGUGAACAAUCGUUCCAUGAGGCUAUUUCAGAGGCUGGUAGCGGUCUCAUGCUCGUCGCCGCAAUGGGCUUGAUCCUUCCAACCGUCUACUACAACGCUUUGAAUGGUCGCACAGACCUCGAACUCGCUACCGAGGAGAUAGGCACCGAAAUGUUAAAGAUCUCGCGUGCGACCGCCAUCAUCCUCCUUAUUGCUUAUCUUGUCUUCCUCCUCUUUCAACUAAAGUCGCACGACAAUCUGUUCCACGAAAUCUACGAGCAGGACGAACUCGUGGACAAGGAUCGCCACAAAGAGCUGGCCAAACCUAAGCUAACCCUGACGGAGUGUAUCGUGGGUCUUUUGAUCUCGCUAGCUUGUGUUUCGAUGAUCGCCGUUUUCUUGGUCAUCGAGAUCCCCCAUAUGGUGGAGCAGCGUCACAUUAGCGAUGCCUUCAUGGGUCUUAUUCUUGUUCCCGUCGUAGAGAAAGCUGCAGAACACUUACUCGCCAUCGAUGAGGCAUGGGAUGGUCAGAUGAACUUAGCUCUCGCUCACGUUCUCGGUGCCUCGAUCCAGACCGCACUUUUCAACACCCCACUUGUCAUCAUUGUCGGUUGGGGCCUCAACAUCGGCAUGGACAUGCGUUUCGAAAUCUUCGACUCGGUUUCUCUGGUCCUCGCUGUGCUCGUUGUAGGGUCCUUCCUGCGCGACAGGAAGUCCAACUAUCUGGAGGGCAGUCUGCUCAUCUGCAUCUAUGUCAUCAUCGCCAUCGCUGCCUUCUACUACCCUGACCCUCCUCACCAUGCCAGCGGCGGUGAGUCUGGUGAGACAGCGAGCCACGAGAGGCGUUUCUUCUAG